CAAUGGUAUUAGGGGUUACACAACACCAAGAAAAUCAACAAGGCCUUAAAGUGUAUAGGCGUUAGCACACAGACUAGAUUCCUGAUUAUUUCCUUGAUGUUUUGCUUUCUCUGUAAAUUUGCCAUACAGGAGAUUAAUUACGGGAGCUGUCAAUGAUGAUGCCAAACUGCCAGAGGAUACCCUUCCACGGAUCACCAUGAAAUUACUACAUUAGAGCAAUAAUGGGUUCUCUUGUAUUACUCCUUCUGAUCCCAGCAGCAGUCUGCUCUCCAGUGUUUCUUCCAGUUGACUGCAAUGACUUGUACAGCAGAGGUUUUGGUCAUAGUGGGGUGUACAGCAUUUACCCAGCGGGACCACUCUCCCCUAUUCAAGUCUACUGUGACAUGGGCUGUGAGGAUGAACCUGAUGGUGGUAAAUGGACGGUCCUCCAGAGAAGGAAGGACGGCACCAUUAACUUCUACCGUGGAUGGGAUCAGUACAAAGCUGGAUUUGGACAAGCAUCUGGAGAAUACUGGCUGGGUCUGGAGAACAUUCACCUCCUCGCACAAAGGAAGAGCUAUGAACUGAGGAUAGAAAUGGAAGACUUUGAAGGGGCAAAGGCUUAUGUCCAUUAUUCCUCAUUUGGUGUGGGUCCAGAGCAGGAGGGCUAUAAGCUUAGUUUUGCUGGCUUCAAAGAUGGAGGUGCUGGAAAUUCACUAAGUGAACAUAAUGGUCAGAAAUUUUCUACAUUUGACAAAGAUCAGGACACUCAUGCUUCCAACUGUGCUAAGACCUACCUGGGAGGAUGGUGGUAUGGAGAAUGUCACAGUGUUAAUCCCAAUGGUCUUUACUUAUGGGGCAGCUCAACCUAUGGGAUUGGAAUCAACUGGGUGUCUUGGAAAGGAUAUGAAUAUUCUCUGAAAGCCAUUGCAAUGAAGAUAAGACCCAAAAAUAGUGACGUGAAUAAGUAAAUCAUUACUUUUAUGGUUUCACUGUGUUUAAACGUCAUCAUGCGCAGAAUGGUGGGUACUAUUAUACCUUACUUAAUUCAUUUUGUGGUAACAUAACAACACAUAUUCUUUGUUAGAAUCAUUACAGCACAGUGAAACAUUUA